ACCAGGGGGCGGCCCCGCCCCGCGCGGGAAAUGGCGGCGGGCGGGAGGCGGCGGGUGCUGCCGGCCUGGAUGGAGGCGGCGGGGGACGAGCGGGUGGUCGCGGCGGGGACCCCCCCCGCCGAGGGCGGGCAGCGGCGGCAGCGGCAGGCGGCGGGUCCCAGGGCGGCGGUGUACUGCAUGAACGAGGCGGAGCUGGUGGACGUGGCCCUGGCGGUCCUGGCGGAGAGCCUGCAGCGCGAGGAAGGUGAGGAGAAGGCCCGGUCCGGGAGCCAGGAGGAGCAGGAGCUCCAGGCAACGCCAAAGGAGGCUCCGGGAAGCACGGCCAGCACCGGGGGAGGCAGCGGCCGCAGCCCGGCUCUCCCGUCCCCUCCCGGUGCCGAGGCGGGGAGGGCAGGCUGGGAGGACUCUGAGGACGAUGCUCUGAAAUACGUCAGGGAGAUCUUUUUCAGCUGACGUUGCCUGCUCCGCCGCUGCCCAGGAGCCGCGGGGACGCCCGGGACGGUGGGAGGAGGACCUGGAGCGGGCUGCGGAUCUGCUGUGUUGGUAGCCUGUGGAGCUGGUAGGAGGCCCCUGAAAGCCAUGGGGGAAAGGAAGGGGGCACUCGCUUCUCCCGGUGUGUGCUGGGUUCAGCGGGAUUUGGCUCCGGGUCAGGUUGUGUUCGUUUUUGUUCGGCAUCUCGGAGCACGGAGAGAUUAAAGAGCACAUCUGGGUU